GGAGCGUAUGAGAUUUUGCAUCUGGAAUACGCCUUGGUCCACGCCUAGUGCCAAAAUUAUCUUCCUUAUAGCUAACGUUAUACCUGCGCGUCACAAACUGAAAGGUCUCAUUUGUGAGACGCUGUUUCCAGUGUUGAUGUUUUUUUUUCUUAACAACCGUUAGUGAUUUGCAUUCAGCAGUGUAAUAGUUAAACAGUACCGAAUGCGUUGUUUUAUUUUCUGUGUGGUGCCCUCACUCCAGCAGACCACUACAGUAGGAAGAUGGCGUCGGAGGGAACAAGCGGGGAGCAGCCUCCUCCGAUACAAACACUGGCAACCACAGUGCUUGGAAAUGUCGAAGGGAGAUGUGAGUUUAACAUGGACAAUCUGAGCAAGCCGGAGCUGCUUACUCUGCUCAGUAUCAUGGAGGGGGAGCUGGAGGCCCGGGAUCUGGUCAUAGAGGCCCUGAGGGCACGGCGGAAGGAGCUGUUCGUUCAGGAGCGCUACAGCCACUUCAGCGUGACAGACCCCUUCUUGGCCUUGCAGAGGGACUUUGAGUGUGUCCCCGGGGGGGACAAAGAACGCCGGCCUGUGGGCUCCAGCCCCAUGUCCGUCCUGGAGGCGGUCAUGGCCCACUGCAGGAAGAUGCAGGAGAGAAUGUCCGCCCAGCUGGCUGCCGCUGAGAGCCGGCAGAAGAGGCUGGAGCUGGAGAAGCUGCAGCUGCAGAGCCUGGAGCAGGAGCACCGCAAGCUGACGGCCCAGCUGAAGGACGAGCGGGAGAAGAACAAGCACAUCGUCAUGAUGCUGGUGCGCGAGUGCAAGCAGCUCGCCACCCGCGUGGUGGAGGAGUCGCAGCGCUUCGACGAGAUCUCCGCCCGCCUGGACGAGGAGAGCCGCCAGGCCGGCCAGCUGCAGGAGGAGCUGAGCGCCGAGAGGCAGCGCGGCCAGCAGAUGGAGGCCAAGAUGGAGAAGCAGCUCUCCGAGUUUGACACGGAGCGCGAGCAGCUGCGCGCCAGGCUGGGCCGAGAGGAGGCCGAGAGCCAGAGCCUGCGCCAGCAGGUGGAGCAGCUCAGGACAAAACAGGUUGACGUUAAGGACGGUACAAAUGUUCCUGUGGCCCCCGGUGUCGCCCCUGCCCAACCCCCUGCCGCUACCCCCACAGCCACGGUCGAGUCCACCGCCGCAACCAGUCCCCCGGCCAAACCCAAAUCCAUGGUCUCGAUCGCUGUGGCCACGGAACCUAUCAGCUCGCAGACGGCCUCCUGCCAAGUAGACCUGCCCACCCCAACAGAGGCCGAGGGUCCUAAGAAGACACCUCUCACUAUACCGAUCAAGCCCACCCCAGCUAACUACGCUGGUCUGAGCCUGCCCAAGUCUGCCGGGGCGGGCCGGGGGCUGGUCCACAGCAGCUCAGCAGUGCUGCCUCAAGCGGAGAACGGAGGCGAGGGCGGGCAAACGCUGCCCCACGGCCUGCCCACAGGGAUGAGCCCGCGCGUCCAGGCCGCCCGCUACAAGUUCCAGGAGCAGGACCAGAACGGCUCCGUCUCCCAGAGCCCACCCGUGCGGGACCUCUCCCCCACCAACCGCGAUAACUUUGCCGCCAAGCAGCAGGCGCGCCACACUGUCACGCAGGUCCUGUCGCGCUUCACCAGUCCUCCGGUCGGAGGGGCGGCCGCGCUGCGCCCAGGCCUGCCCCACUCCACCUCCGAGGGGGGCUCGUUCCCCGGCCGGCUGGGCCACUCCCAGAUCGGCCACAAGUCGCCCACUGUGGCCAGGAUCGAUCGGGGCAACCCGCCGCCCAUCCCACCCAAAAAACCAGGCCUCUCCCAAACCCCUUCUCCCCCUCACCCGCCUAUCAAAUUGAUAGGAGAUGGCAGCCGCUCCCCCGGGACAGGGCUAAAGCCGGCCACGCCCCAGCUGCCGCCCAAACCGGCACUGGACCUGGUCCCAGCCCUGACCGCGUCUCAGGUGGGUGCCAGUCCCCCUGUAGCGGGGGGACCGAGGGGGCCACCACUCCCGGCAGCAUGUGCAGAGUGCCCCCCCAUUGCCAGCGCCGCCACCACUGUCCGUAUCCCCACCGUAAACCCCUCCUCCUCCUCCUCAGCUAGUGCUCCAUCUCGUAGCCCUUGUGCCCCCGGCAGCCCCCUGGCAACAGCAUCAGGCUGGCGUCCCUCCUUAGUCCCCUCGCUCACCUGCGGUGGGCCCGUUGCCCUGGACAACGAGCGCCCCCUGCUCCUCCAAGCUGCUUCCCAGGGAAAUGUCACUUUAAUGUCAAUGCUGCUUAACCCAGAUACAAUGGAUAUUACUACUACUCACCUUGAAGACCACCCAACCUCUGCCUUGUUUGCUGCUGCUCAAAAUGGACACACAGACUGCGUUAAGCUACUUUUGACUUCGGGGGUGACUGCUGAUGUUGCUGAUGAAAAUGGUUUUACUCCUUUGCACUAUGCUGCCGCUCAUGGCCACCACAGGUGUGUUGAUGUUCUAGUGGGAGUUGGGAGUGACGUGAACCAGGGGGCAGUCGGAGGACAGAGCCCUCUCUACAUGGCCAGCGCGGCCGGGAGGCUGGAGUGUGUACAGGCCCUGCUCAAUGCAGGAGCAGAUAGUUCACGAGCCACAACCGACAGCUGCACGGCGCUUCACGCAGCGGUCAGCUCAGGACACGUGGACACACUGCGGCUCCUCCUCUGCCGACCGGACCUUCACCACACCGACCACCCCAACUCCAACUCGACCCUUCACAACCAUGCCCCGGUCCUGUCCAGUGCAGUGCUCAACCAGGCCAACUGUGAGGGCUGGACCGCUGCCCACAUCGCUGCUGCUCGGGGCUUUAAGGACUGCCUAGAGGUGCUGUGUAGUCACAGCGAGCAGGAUAUUGAGAGGAGAGACAAUUGGAACCGCACCAUUCACGACGUGGCCACGGACGACUGCAAAGACCUACUGGAGAACCUGCACUCCUACAGAGUGUCUGUCUGUGUCCAGAUGCCGGAAAGUAUCCGAAAGCCCCUUUGUCCCAAGGUCCCUGCAGAAGAGGUGUGUUUGAGCGCGCUGGGCUGUGUGCAUGUCGGCCACGGCACGUCCUGGGCUGAGCUGAGUCAUGCCCUGGGCCUGGCCCUGAACUCCCACCUCCAGCUGCUCUGCGGAGAGCAAACCGCCAACGCACACGUCAGGGACGGCGUGCACACCCACCUGGGGCUCACACCUGCCAGCAUCGCCUCAGGGCUCAUAGGCGACACCGUGUGGUUGCCAGGUCAGAAGCCGUCACGUCCCCCCUGGGACCUGGUCAGGAAACCUCUGUGCCAGCGCAUCAUCCUUCGACUGAAAGGUCUGUCAGAGUCCUGUGUGGAUGAGCUGGCCCUGGAGUCUCUCAUCCCUCUUCAGCUGCUUCAGAACUACAUCCGCUUGGUGGAGCAGUACCGCAACGUCAUCUUCCACGGUCUGGAGGGCAGCUGCCAGGAGUACCUGGCCAAUCAGAUCUCUCGCUGCAUCAAGCAAAAGCAGGAAGUGGCGGGUGUGUGCUGUGACAUCAUCAGGGUGGAGGUAGACAGGAGUCUUUGUAAGGAACAGCUCGUGGAGACAUUCAUCAACUGUGGAUUCCUGGUGCCGGUGUCUGGCGUGAGCAGCAGCAGCAGCAGGUGUGUGGUGGUCCUGUUGGAGGGCCUGGAGAAGGCCUGCUCCUUGACCGAACUCCUGGGGGACCUGUGUGAGGCCCUGGAGAACCGAGGAACGGCGUACCUGCUGCCCCUACCACACGCCCAAGCCGGCCUGCACCAUUUCCUGGAGGGCGGUUUUCUUAUUGGCACGCUGUCCAAGUCCCGCCUCCAAGGCUCGGAGCUUCGUCUCCAGCAGCACUUCCGCUGGGUGACCCUGCGAUGGGACGCUGAGCCGCUGCAUGGCCUUCUGGGAAGGCACCUUCGCCGGAAACUGCUCCACAAGAUGCAAGGUUGUGCCGGGGACCCCGAAGGCCUGCUGGAGAAGACCCUGGGCUGGGUGAGCAAUGUGUGGCAGCAGCUCAACGCCUGCCUGUCCCGCCUGGGGACUCACGAGGCCCUGCUCGGACCCCAGCUCUUCCUCUCCUGCCCUGUGGUCCCCGACAAUUCUCUGGCCAUUGUCAAGUGGCUAGCCGGCCUUUGGAACCUUGUGGUAGUCCCUCGCGUGGAGGAAGCCAUCGUCUCCCGUGUGACAGUCAAGCGCUCCCCGGCCCAGCGACCGGCGCCUGGAGACCAGGGCCUCAGCAGGGGCGAGCAGGCGGUGGUCAAAGCUGCUCUCAGCAUCCUGGUCAACAAGGCGGUGCUGCAUGGCUGCCCCCUGCCGUGUCACGAGAUCGCUCGGCACCUGUUGGAGUUCAGGGGAGGGACUUUCCCUGUGUCAACCAUCGGCUCCUGUAAAGGAAGUGGCGGCAGGAAGGGGAGGGACUGCAACAUGUGGAGGAGAGCCAGCACCAGCCCAAGAAAGAAGGGGAGGACUUUGACGAACUGGAGUGGUUCUCUCCGAGAGGGGUCACUGUCCAACACUGAUGUCCGCUUCAUUACCAACGACAACAGCCAAAGGCUGGUGGAUGGAGACCUCGUGAAUUUGUCUCUCUGCUCUGAUGACGACACCGAACUGAUCCGGGAACUGCAGACCAUGUGCACCAGCAAAUCAGAACCUGACAUCAGCAAGAUUGCUCAAUCAAAGGAUGAAUUUGUAGUCUUCUCUGGCUCUCGAAGUGGACAAUCACUACAUAAGACUGACCACAAGACAACCGCUCAACAGCGACCACAGACUACUAGCAGCCAUCACGCAAACCAAAGCCCAGCUAACGUAGCCCAAAGCCACGAGAGGCGACCUGCCUCCAGGCCCAAAUCCCAGCUCCCUGUCCCCAGCAGCAGGGGGCAGCCACCACGACCCAGCAGCAGCAGCUCCUCCACCCCCAACCAGGCGAAUGGCAAUCGCAACGCAGCUGAGACCAGAACCGAACCCAGCAGCAAAACAAGGCAUGUACUGCCCAGCAACAACAACUUCAACAAGAACAACCAACGACAGGAGGAUAUUUGGAUCCUACAUGGAGACGUGCAUGAAAACGGCAACAAUGACAAGUUCUAGAACCCUGUCCUCCACCUUCCCACAGUUCUUUUACAAAAUCUCUCCAUGUAAAGUUAGGGUUAUGAAGACCUCUUAGUAUUUGUACUUGUUUUCUGUACUCGUUACACUGUAUAACAAUGUGUACUUGGGGACCAUAGUUUUAUUAUAUUACAGUAUUGAAGUAUUGAAUGGAAAAAAUACAUUUGCAGGGAAUAAUGUAAAAAAGAAAUCAAACAAGUUUUACCUUUUGGUAAAAGUGUUUUGGAUUAAAGAGCGAACAGUCAGUUUUUGCUAUUAAGUAUUUUUGAAGUGUUUUAUGUUAAAUAGUUGCAAGUUCAAUUGAAAUACUGUUAAAUAAAAUCAGGGUUUUACCAAAUCUUUGUAAAUAAGAAUUAGUAACUUUAAUGGUAUAUAGAUUGGUGUAUGUGGUACUAUGCUUGUAAAAAACUAUAUAGUGAAGAUAAACUGAUGAAAAUAAAACUUGUACAUAUGUUUGUAAUAUGAAAAUUUGGUUCAUAACUUUCACUUGUUUCAAAGUGAAUAGAAUCUGGCAAUAAGUAACAUAAUUGCAAACAUUUUUUUUCUUCUCCCAACCGUAAGCCAUAAUAAAUAUUUACACUACCCAUAAUUCCA